UUUGGAAUAAAACAAAUGAGCAAAAAACACACGUCAAAAUUUUAACAAGAAACAAGAGAAAGAAAAGAUAUAAAAAAAACUAAAUUUAAUUAUUUAAUAUUUAGCAAACGUUCAAGAAUUUUGUAACUAUUCCAUAUAGAAACUAUUGUACAAUAAGUAUAAAAUAGCAAAAGAAACAAAAACUAAUAAAACAACGCAACAUUUUUACAGCAAGAAGUGUCUUUCUAAAAUUCUUUUUUUUUUUUUUGUAAAUCAAACUUAAACAAAAACAACGAAAACUCCAACCCAAGAAAAAACCAAUUAAAACCCCCAUUAAACUAGAUUCAGCACUAAACUAAAUAGUGCUAAGGAAACUUAUUGAAAAUCAUUUUUAAGAGGAAUCAUGGCAAAUUCAACAACAGGUCCUACGAAACAAGAAAUUGAAGCAGUUUUUGCACGUUUACGCUCACAAGCAGCCAACAAGUCCUGUUUCGAUUGCGGUGCCAAAGCUCCCACUUGGUCUACCGUCACAUAUGGCGUUUUCAUUUGCAUCGACUGUUCGGCCGUACACCGCAGCCUGGGUGUCCACUUGACUUUUGUGCGUUCCACAAACUUGGACACCAAUUGGACUUGGCUGCAGCUGCGUCAAAUGCAAUUGGGUGGCAAUGCCAAUGCUGCCCAAUUCUUCCGUCAACACAAUUGCACCACCACGGAUGCCCAGCAGAAGUACAAUUCUCGAGCUGCUCAACUGUAUCGCGAUAAAUUGGCCGGUCUAGCUCAACAGGCCAUGAAAAUACAUGGUACAAAGCUUUAUUUGGAUAAUCACCAAGAAAAAACGGAAAGUAAUGAGAAUGCCAAAGAAGAGGAAGAUUUCUUUGCCCAAUGCCAUAAUGAUAAAGAUGCAUUUUUCGCCGCUAGCAAUAGCGAUAGCAAUAAUACGAAAAAGAUUGAUUUACCUGUCAAGACUUUAACGUCAUCUACAAGUGACAAACCCACCGCUGCUGAUACUUUAUCGGGUGCUCCUAGUGUAGAUUUAUUAAAUUCGGUAGUACCACAACAUACCAUGACUUCAGGAAUAGGAGUACGCAAAAUGCAACCCAAAAAAUCGGGGUUGGGUGCCCGCAAAACAGGCGGCUUAGGUGCUACUAAAGUUAAAACAAAUUUUGCUGAAAUUGAACAACGUGCCAAUAUGGCCAAUCAAUUGAAAGAUGCUCCAAUUGUGCCUGACAAACCUCUGACCGCCGAAGAGGAACUUGAAUCUGUGGCCAGCAUGCGUUUGGCCUAUCAGGAUUUGUCGCUGAAACAAUCGCAGCAGGAGAGCAAAUUAAAGUCCAUCGAUCCGAUGAAGGCCAAGCAAAUGGAACGUUUGGGCAUGGGCUUUAAUUUGAAAGGAAACGCUGACAUUUCCCAUUCCGUUCUAAGUGACAUGGAGACCAUACAACAAGCUCCAGCACCCAAAAAUUCCAAUAACUCAUCAUCAUCGACAUCAUCGACCCUAAACAAGUUGUCGGCCUUCGAUAAUGACAGCUUCUUCAAUGACUAUUCGACUAGCAUGUAUAGCGGAAGCAGCAGCGGUGGUGGUGGGGGCGGCAAUGGUCUCUCCUCCAACAGUGGCAGCAGUAAAAUUGAUAAACAUGAAUUGGAAAUGAUGGGUUUUGAAAGCAUCGAACCCAUUGGCUCAACACACUCCAAUAUAACUUCAAUGUUUGGCAAUAACGGAGGCGCUGGCGGCGAUUCAGCCAACACAAAGCCUAAACCAAAAACAACGCUGCCUUCCUCCACCAGCUAUGACAGCAGUUAUGCACGUAAAACGAGCUCAACACAACAGAAAAACUCAAAUAAUUAUGAAGAUAAUGCGGCUCAAAAGAAAUUCGGCAGUGCUAAAGGUUUUGGCUCCGAUCAAUAUUUCUCCGAAAGUCAAUCGCAGCCAGAUGUUAGUGCUAACUUGUCUAGAUUCCAGGGCUCAAGAGCCAUAUCGUCUUCGGAUUAUUUUGGUGAUGGCACUAGUCCAGGACAAGGGCCCAGAGGCUACAAUACUGCUGCCAAUUUCCAAACUCCCGAUUUAGAUGAAGUCAAGGAAAGUGUACGCCAGGGUGUGCACAAAGUUGCCGGACGUUUAAGCUCUUUGGCCAAUGAUGUUAUGUCUUCUUUACAAGAUAAAUAUGGUUACUGAUAGUGUUUGUUUGUUUCUUAUAAGCAUUUCUGUUGUCUUUUAACUAAUAUACAUUAAACAAUUUCCAUUUUAAUUCUUAUUUUAAACCAAAUUCAUGAUUUAGAUAUUGUUUUUUUCUUUUUUUUUGUGGUAAAUUAUUAUUUUAAAACUUCUUUUGUUUUAUUUAAAUAAAGGUCUUGUUUUUAAUGCUUUCUAUACUCAACUAAUUUAAGGUUUUUUUAUUUGAUUCUUUUAAUUAAACAAAUUUAAUAUUUAUUCAGCUUUCGUUGUUUUUUUUUAUAAUGCCUUCAAACCUUUAAUACUGUUUUUGUUUCAAACAAACAGAAUUCCUUUUUUCAAUUUCUAAUUGAACCAAAAUUUCCAUUUAAAAAAAGUAUAAAUAAAUUAAGUUAAAAUAUUGCAAUAUACAACAAGUUGUCAAUAUAUUAUUUAAAACAAAAUUAUAUAAACAAAAAAGUAAAUCAAUAAAAUUUUAAUUAUAUCUGAUAUACAAUAAAUACAAACAACAAAUUGCACCUUGAAUGUUAAAAGAAAAAUCUAUAAAAAAUAACUAUAAAUAAAUGAAAAAAAAAAAAAUGAAA